CCUGGCGGGCGGGCCUCGGGCGAGCUCCAGUUCGCUCUUCUCGGGUCUCCAAGUCGGUGCCCGGGACCCAGGCGGCGGCGGGUCUGCCCAGAUAAAUCAGCAAAAAUGUCUCUCUAUCCAUCUCUUGAAGACUUGAAGGUAGACAAAGUAAUUCAGGCUCAAACUGCUUUUUCUGCAAACCCUGCCAACCCAGCAAUUUUGUCCGAAGCUUCUGCUCCCAUCCCUCAGGAUGGAAGUCUUUAUCCAAAACUGUAUCCAGAACUUUCUCAAUACAUGGGACUGAGUUUAAAUGAAGAAGAAAUCCAGGCAAAUAUGGCAGUGGUCCCUGGAGCACCAGUUCAGGGGCAGUUGGUAGCAAGGCCUUCCAGUAUGAACUAUAUGGUGGCUCCUGUAACUGGAAAUGAUGUUGGGAUUCGCAGAGCAGAAAUUAAGCAAGGGAUCCGUGAAGUCAUUUUAUGUAAGGAUCAAGAUGGAAAAAUCGGACUCCGGCUUAAAUCUGUAGAUAAUGGCAUAUUUGUUCAGCUAGUCCAGGCAAAUUCUCCAGCCUCCUUGGUUGGUUUGAGGUUUGGUGACCAAGUACUUCAGAUCAAUGGUGAAAACUGUGCAGGCUGGAGCUCCGAUAAAGCUCACAAAGUGCUCAAGCAGGCUUUUGGCGAGAAGAUCACCAUGACCAUCCGUGACAGGCCUUUUGAACGGACAAUUACCAUGCAUAAAGAUAGCACUGGGCAUGUUGGCUUUAUCUUUAAAAAUGGGAAAAUAACAUCCAUAGUCAAAGAUAGCUCUGCAGCCAGAAAUGGGCUUCUCACAGAACAUAACAUCUGUGAAGUCAAUGGCCAGAACGUCAUUGGAUUGAAGGACUCUCAAAUUGCAGACAUACUGUCAACGUCUGGGACUGUGGUUACCAUCACAAUCAUGCCUGCCUUUAUCUUUGAACAUAUUAUUAAACGGAUGGCACCAAGCAUCAUGAAAAGCCUGAUGGAUCACACCAUCCCUGAGGUUUAACAGCUGCAGCACAGCGGAAACACUGCUGAGCAGCUUGGUUUUCCUUUCCCAAGAACCUCUGUGCGAUGCCCGUGAAGCUUGCCCACAGCCAGGGAGCAUCUGCUGCAUGAGGGCAUUCCCGUCUUCCACCGUGGCUGGCAUCCACUGGUUCACCUGAUCUGUUCUUCAGCUUUCACGAUAGUUGUAGCCUUAUCCUGGUUUUACAGGCUGUGAAACUUUCAUAAGAUUUGACUGACUUUCCUAGAAUAGUUUCUACUGGAAACCCGAUGCUUUUAUAAGCCAUUUUGAUUAGGAUGGCUGAUACCAGCUUAGCUCUGUGUGAGAACCAGUUACCUUUCUUCCAAGUAAUGAGUAGUGCUCGUCAUGUCAUUUUAGUUCUUGGUAUAUUUGCAUUUUUAAUAUGUACGGGGUAGUACAUUUAGAAUGAUUGCCUUUGUAGAUGGCCCCCCCACCCAUGUACCCUGUAUGUAUGUAAAAACCAGUUAGGUAAUUGUUGGUUUCAUUCCAUGUAAGCAUUAUUCAGUGUAUGUAGGUUUUAAGAGAUGAUUGUCAUUACAUUUUAACUACCUUCACUUAUAUGCUUCAACUGCCGCCUUAACUAUGUAAGCUCUAGAAUGAAAGCCAAAAUAUAAUCAUUGCUGCCUUCCUAAAACUCAAAAUGUAGUUCUGUAUUAAACUGAGAUGUACCCUAGCCCAGACGAGGUUAACGGUACUUCUUGAGCUAUAGCACAGCUGCUUAGUUGUAUUUGACAUUUUCUAGACAUCACAUAUGGAAACAUGUUUCCUCUCCAAAAUUGCCAGUACUGCUUUCUGAGAAACAAAGCGCUAUAUAUUUAAUGUAAAGUUUCUACUUUGAACAGGAUAAACUUUUGAUUCCUCCUUUCAUUUGUAGGUGAAGCAAAAUGAUAAUUUUGCCAUUUGAAUGUCAAUAUUAUGUAACCUAGCUACUUUGAGGAUAAUCUUGAAAUGCUUUCCUGGUAGUUUGUUCCAUUUCCAGGUUUCUCCCUCCAAACAGAAUGACAAUGACACACUUUUUCCUGAUUUGUUUUCUGUUUUGGUUUAUGCCUAUCCUAAAUAAAUACUGUGUAAGUGAAAUUUUA